AUGGUCUCGACGCUCUGGAAGGCCUGCUCUGAAGGAAACCUCCCCGAAGUAAAAUCCCUUCUGCUCGAGGCAAACGAAAUCGAUAUUGAGAUCAAAGACCAUACCGGGUCCACGCCCUUGAUCGAAGCAGUGAAAAAUGGCCAUGUCGAAAUCGUGAAGCUACUGUUGGACAAGGGCGCCGAUCCAAGAAAUAGAUCCAGUCAAGGCCCCCCAGAGCACUAUACAACCGACGAAGCUAUACUCGACCUACUCCGCAGUGCUGCCGAAGCGAGAGACAUGGCCGCUGCUAAUUACCCUCAACAAAACGGACAGACGCUCCCCAACGGUACGGACUCCCAAAAUUACUACCCGCCGACGGAAGUGUACACGUAUUUCCCGACCCUCAACUCAGUGCCCCCUCCUCUUCCCGAGGGUGCGGUAUAUUAUCAACCUCCAGCGCCAGGGCAUGAGGGCGCAAACGGGGAUGUGCGCAACUUGCCCCCUGCCGACAUUGCACGAUUUAUCCCUUGUAGAUACUUCCCCGCUUGCCGCUAUGGUGCCUCCUGCAUGUUUUUGCAUCCACAAGGACAGUACUUUCAAGGACCAAUGCCGCCUCCAGCACAAUAUCCUGCACCAUACGAUCCGAUGGCCCCGGCUCCCUACCCACUUAAUUAUUACGGACCUCAGUCUCCCAAUGGUGUACCCCAGAUGGCACCCAUGUCGCCUUCCGCUGCGCCCAUGCACCCAAUGAUGCAUGCAAGAUCAGGCUCCGAAGUCCUCUCCCCCGCGCAAACGCACUUUAGCCCGCAAGGAGCACCUCCACCUCUUCCCUAUGGACCUAUGCCUCCUGCCGCAUACCACACGAACACAGCACCGGUUCCCAUGGCCAUUCCUCCACCUCCCGUUCAUGCUCCUCAGGGCCUUCAAUCCCCUCCAGUGAUAUACAAUGGACCACCGUCCGCUCAGCCAUUCCCCGUACACCCAGAAGGCGCGAGUCAGUAUCCUCCUCUCCCAAGCAUUGUGCCAGUACCGGGACCGGACGUUAAUGGAGCCGCCAAGCCUGCUGCACCCGAACCUUACAUGCAACCGUACCGCGACGGUUCAGGAAAUCCAAGGAGAGGGAAUGGCAGACGCAGUUCCUUCGCCAGCCGCAAGCCGCCUUGUUUCUUCUUCCCGGCUGGUCGGUGCAAGAAUGGGGACGACUGUCGCUUCCCACACAUUCUUGAGCCUCAAAACCAACAUUUACCAGCACAAAACGCUGGACGCGGUGGUCACCGUGGUCCAAGAGGUCAUAUCAGUGGGCCCAGCUUGGAACAAAAGUUCGGAGCAAUGUCCGUUCGUGAUGUAAGCGUCUGCUUCCUUACGCCUGAUAAAAAAUCUUACGACUUGAUUCAGGAUGGUGCACAACCCCGCGGUCCCAAUGGAAUCGAACGAUCUAUCUCUGCCGAUAGUGGUCGACCACGUUUUCAAGGUCUGAAGACCAAUCAAUCCAUUGCUAACACAAAAAAGGGACCGAGGCAGCUACAGCGUGUCCCAAACGCCGAUGAAUUUCCCGUCCUUGCUGGCUCAGUAACGCCGCCGUCUCGUAGUCCUGGCGCGAACGGCACAUUACACAUCAAUGGCUUCAAUGGGCCGACCGCCGCGCAAGUACUUCAGGCACCAGCGCCUGUACGUCAGAACAGCACAAGGGAAUCAAGUACUCGCGGCACGUCCCCGGACUCGGCCAAGGCUGCCAAGAUCCAGGAGUCCACCGAAAUCCACAUCAAUGGGACGAACGGCGUUAAUGGCGUAAACGGCGCAGCUAAUCAUGAUCCCUCUCCUGUGUCCACCAAGCUACCUAUCUCCUUCGCUGCAGUCGCCAACGCUGCUAGCGACGUCUCUUCAAAAGAGAUCUCCGUCUCGGCUUAA